AUGCCGCUGCAACAAGUUGCAGCAGCGGCGGACCCCUCCACGCACUCGGAUACAGAUGACAAGUGUUAUCAGAGUUCUUCGGGCAUUCCACCGGACAAGGAGGGAGGAAGGAAACUAAACCGAUCCCAUAUGCUCGGAGAUGAUAUCUUCACUCUGGACGACGAUGAGUGGCAAGCUCACAAGAAGAUAGCACACAUCGUAUUGGCUUCCAAGGAGUUCCGGAGUUUCAUGGCCAGCGUGAGCAAGAAGCUAGUGGGUGAUGGACUCCUGAGCUUGAUGCUUCAGGCUGCUAAGCAUGGCAACAUCCUGGAUUUGGAAGAUGUGUUCAUGAAGUUUGCAUUCAAUAGUGCCUAUACGACUGUCCUCGGCAGAAACCCGAACUUGCUCUCUUUGAGCUCUGCUACUAAUGAGAUUGCUAAAGCCAUCGACAACGGGACGGAAGGUGUGUUCCAUAGGCACAUCAUGCCCAGGAAGCUGUGGAAGCUGUUGGGUUGGUUGGGGGUCGGGAGUGAGGGGAGACUGGCCAGAGCUCAACAGAUCAUAAAUCAUCACUUGUUAGAGCACAUUUCGUUGAAAAGAGAAGAGAUGCGCAAAGGGGUGCAGGGAAGUGAUUUGAUAGCUAUGUACAUGAGUUCUCAAGCUCAGAAUGGAGAAAGCAAGGCUUACAGUGAUCUGUUCCUCAGAGACAUUGCACUGGGCUUCCUGUUUGCUGGGCGGGACUCGACGGGAACGUCUCUCACUUGGUUCCUCUGGUUGGUUUCCACAACCCCUCGCAUGGAGGAAAAGAUCCUGGAUGAAUUGAUGCGGUUAAAGAAGAAGAAGGAAGCGGAAGGUGUCGUCAGAGAUCAAAAGCAGCCAUGGGUGUUUGAUUCAGAAGAUCUGAAGGAUCUGGUGUAUUUCCAUGCAGCCAUGUGUGAAUCCUUGAGGCUGAACCCGCCACUUCCGCUCACCAGAAGAGGUGUUAUCAAAGAAGAUGUGCCUCCUGAUGCGGAGGGGGAGGACUUAGAAGAGAGAGAGUGGGAGCUCAGGGAUACAUGGGAAAUUUUUCAGCAGCAAUCAACAUUUACUGUAUAA